AAAAAAAAAACCUUGUGUGUCUUAUUAAACACAGUUCACGUGAGACUUAAUGGAGCUUUAAUGCACAUGUAUAUUUUCCAUAUUGCUUCACGCACUGGAUGCUUAUUUUCAGAACAAGAUUGAAACAUCUGGAUUUUAUAUAAACCGACUGCUGUUGGUAAAGUUUUCAUUUUCUCGCGAUGUCCCGUGUCUCGGACCCGUUACAGAAAGCACGCCAGGAAAAAAUGAAAGACGUUAAUGUUAAGAACAAAGAGAAGGAGCGGAAGGCACGGGAGAAAGAGACAAAGGAGCGUGAGUCGCGUUACAGCAACGGUCACCUGUUUACUUCUCUCAGUGUUUCUGCCACCACACUCUGCUCGGCAUGCAACAAGAGCAUCACUGCAAAAGAAGCCCUCAGCUGCCCCACUUGCAGUGUGACCAUUCACAACCGCUGUCGUGACACACUGGCCAACUGCGCAAAAAUGAAACAGAAGCAACAGAGGCUGGCUCUGGUCAGGAACACCGCAACUUUACAUAAUGUGGCCCUACGCAGCAAAAAUCCAAUACUGAAGGAGAGGCCGAGUUCAGCCAUUUACCCAUCAGAGACACUGAGACAGUCUUUCCUCGGUUCCCGCAAAGGACUCUCCACACUGUCACUCAACAAGAGUGUUUCCACCAAUAACAUCGCAGGAAGUCUAAAUGAUGUUUCUCCUGUCGGGCUGAGGAGGAUUCUGUCUCAUUCCACAGACUCUCUGAACUUCAGGAACAGAACCAUGUCCAUGGAAUCCCUUAACGAUGAAGGAGAAAUGUAUUAUGCAUCAAUGUUGGAGGAACUGGAGAAGGAUGGGAAGGAUUUUAAGGCAGAUUCCUGGAGUCUGGCUGUGGACUCUUCUUAUCUACAGUCUCAACGCAAAGACAUCAUCAAGAGACAAGACGUCAUAUAUGAGCUGAUUCAGACGGAGCUGAACCACAUGCGUACGUUGCGGAUCAUGGAAGGGGUGUUUCGCAGAGGAAUGCUGGAAGAGGUGUUGAUGGAGUUGGGUGUAGUUCACGCCAUCUUUCCCUGCUUAGAUCAGCUGCUGUCUAUUCACUCCAGUUUCCUGAGCCAACUGCUGCAGAGAAGAAACAAAAGCCUGGCACCCAGCAGCACCCGCAACUUUACCAUUCAAAAGCUGGGAGAUAUUCUGGUGGAGCAGUUCUCAGGUCAGAAUGCAGAGGAGAUGAGGAAAUGCUAUGUUGAAUUCUGCAGUCGACACCUGAAAGCUGUGAAACUCUAUAAGGAGCUGUUGGCCCGUGAUAAGAGGUUCCAGCAGUUCAUACGGCGGGUAAGCAGAGGUUCCUUACUGCGUCGCCAUGGUGUCCAAGAGUGUAUCUUACUCGUCACUCAACGCAUCACUAAAUAUCCUGUACUUAUCAAGCGCAUACUAGACAACACAAAAGGCAAUGAAGAAGAGAGUAAAUCUCUGGCUGACUCUCUGACGCUGAUCCGGGAGCUGCUGUGUUCCGUGGACCAGCAGGUUCAAGAGUUAGAGCGAGCACAGCGUUUGCAGGAGAUCCAGUCUCGUCUGGACCCACGAGCUGAAACGAAAAUUAAGGGUGGAGGAGUGUUUGGUGGAGGAGAGCUGCUGCGCCGGAGACUCAUUCAUGAGGGAGCACUGCUCUGGAAGACUGCUCAAGGCUCCAGACUCAAAGAUGUGCAUGUUUUAUUGAUGACAGACAUCCUGGUGUUCAUGCAGGAAAAAGACCAGAAGUAUAUUUUUCCCUGUCUGGACAAACCGGCAGUAUUGUGCCUUCAGAAUUUGAUUGUGAGGGAUAUAGCCAAUCAGCAGCGAGGAAUGUUCCUCAUCAGUCACUCCACACCUCCAGAGAUGUACGAGCUCCACGCUGCCUCCAAAGACGAGAGAAACACUUGGAUGAAACUGAUUCAGCAGACAGUGAGCAACUGUCCAUCAAGAGAGGAUUUCCCUCUGAUUGAAACUGAGGACAAAGCUUUGCUCCGCAGACUCAGAGCUGAUAUCCAGCAGAAGGAUCGUGAAGUUUUGGAGCUGUUACAGGAGCGUGUGACAUUGUUCUCUGAUUUGGCCGAGGCCACAGGAGGUCAGAAUGUUAACGUUCCCUCAAACUGCAGAAAUAUAUUCAGAGCUGAUACGCCCUACGCUCCCCAGGCGGAAAAGCUGUUGAAUGACGCCAUUGUUGAGGUGGACAGACUGAGUGAAGUGCUGUUGGGUUCCUGCAUUGAGCAAUCACAGUCCUUCAGAUCGAACGGUGAAUCGACAGAGGUACAAUUCACCUCUAAAACAACAGAUAAAGGAACGAUAUCAGUUAACGGAACCCAUGAAAUAAACAGUCCAUCUAACAAGGACAGAAAUGGGAACCAGCUGCAGGACAAGAUGUUGAAUGAGGAGGUGUGCCAAAGACUUGUGAACCUCAGUACUCAGCUUCAUGCACUACAGGCUGCAGUGAUCAAGCAGGACUCAAUCCUGGAGGUGUACAUGCAGAAGGACUUGUGUCCCAGCACAACAGUAGUGCCCGAGACAGGUGGUCCUGAGGAGACUCAAGGAGAUCUGGCAGAAUUACAGCACAGAUACAACCUGCUGCAGGGAGAAGUGAUUCGACUACAGGCCGCCCAGGACAAGACGGGCGAUACAGCACCAAUUCAGCUUGAAAAACAACUCCAAGAGCGGCGGCCUAAAGACACAGUGGACACGCGUGACACGUUGAUUUCACAAGAAACAGUAGUUCAGGUGGAUGGCUUGCAAGAAGAUGGCAAGAUGGCGAUGUUUCCUCGAGCUGACAGUCCAAGAGAUCUGCAGGAUAUUCCAGAGGAGAGUGAGUGUGGGACUGAAGCUCACAGUUAACAUCAGCUCAACUGGAAGGUCCUACCUUAGGGGCCAUUUACACAAAGUUUUCAGCCAAAAACUGGAAACUUUUUAUGCAUUUUGCCUGUUCGUUUACACGACAACAGCAUUUAAGGGCUGAAAAUUCAUUUAAAGUGCAAAUUUUUGAAAACGCCACUUUUAUUGUUUCCGUGUAAAUGCCCAAUACGUGAACGGUGAUAUCAUGCGCGUGCGUAGUAUGUGUUAGGUAUGUAGACAUGCGUAGUACAUGACGAUUGUAAAGGCAAGCGUGUACAAACAUACACAAUAGUGGUGGAGAACAUGGUACUGUUUUUGCCGUUUAAGAGUUCGUUAACGCUUCUUCAGCAAAAUGUGGAUUUACUUCAGCAAUAUUACAAUCAACAGCGGAGAUGCAUCAUUUACAUCAUAUAAUCUAACAAGGUAACAGCGCCAACUACUGGCCUGGCAUACGUAAUACAGUGUUUUUGGCCGUUUCGUGGAGAUGUGUAAAUGCGAAUCAUUUUUAAAAAGUUUACGUGUAUAUGUGAACAUUUUUAAAAAUGCAAAGGAAAAUCUUUUCUGUUUUUGUCUACAUCGUUGUCGUGUAAACGUAGCCUUAAGGGGGUCGCACACCGGACGAGAAGCGCCGCGUCGCGCCACGUCUUUAAAAUUCGAACACAUUAUUCUCUAUGAAUGUACACACACCGGCGCCUCCAUUCGGUGUCUGUCCGCGGCGCCCAGCUACGACUCUACGAAAUUUCUGCCGCGCCACAGAGCGCCAUCUGCAUAGUUUUAUAUAAAAAAAUAACCAGAUGUUGUAAACUGAAACUGAAACUAUAAUACAGUACAUUUGUUUCAUUAAAAUAAACCAUUACAAAGUGUUUGGUUAUGUUUUCACUCAGGCUGCAUAGUUGCCUAGACAACAGAAACAACAAAACAAUAACAGACUUAUUAUAACACAGAUUCUUUUCAUUAAUUAACGUCCAAAACUCAGCUUUUAUCAAUUAAAAUAUAUUUAAAAUAAUAAUAAUAGGUGAAGUUAAAACACCCAUCUUGCUGCGAAAUUGAGCUCGCGCAUAUAGGAUGUGCGCGUCCGGUGUGCGAUACCUCAAGUUGUCCUACAUGUGGCGCGACGCGACGCAGCGCUUCUCGUCCGGUGUGCGACCACCUUUAACCUCCUCCAAAACUCUAGAUCUCACCUCAGGAGUCAGCUAUGACUCAAGGCCUGUUCACACCAUGCCAAAUAUAUGCUGGCUAUGUGACAAAUAUUUGUUUUUGUUUUUUUAUGAAUACGGAAUGUAAUUCUCUAUUCUAGCUGCACAUAACGCUGGUGGUGCUCAUAAACAGACUAUUUUAUUAAACAACAGUGAAUAGCAGAGGAAGAAUUCUAAAUCUCUUUAUCGUCUUGUAUAAGGUGAUGCUUGAUAAACACCAUAGUGAGGGCUAUUUGAAAACAUGUAAAUACUGUUUUGAUUCCUUUUCUUCUCUGUAAAAAACGGGUUUUUCAAAAGACACAACACUUUGUGUACUGGAGUAACCAGGGUAAUUCAGUUUUUUCUAUAAGCGCCACCUUCUCUCAGAGAGUGAUUUAGCAUUUUCGUUCAGCCUUUUUUACACAUUGGUUUCAAACAACAGAAUGCAAAAAUUUGUCCAAAUUUGUGUUGGUGUGUACAGGCCUUUACUCUGUAGAAUAAUGUUGUUGCAUUUUAUAUUAAACAUAGAAUAGAACAAUUUAGUCUUUUUAAUCAAGAUUUUCAAUGUUUUUGCAAACAUUGUCUACAUUAUUUUACAGUGGUUAUUUAAAUGGUUAAUGGUGUAUUUUUUUAAUGAAAGGACUAAAUACUGAGUUGGAACUGAAGGAAACAUUAGAAGAUAUUCUGUGUUCGUGCUGACUUCCAGUUUAAUAUAUUGAUUGUCAAAUUUAGCUGUUUUGUCCAUGUUUAUAUUAUUGGAAGGAUUCAAUAAUAUUUCAGAUUAUAGGAUGUGUCAUUGGAUAUGAUUUUCUUCUGCUGAAAAUCAGUGAUAUUAUUGUAAAGAUGAAAUGUAUGAACUGUAGCACAUUGAAUGCCCUGCUCAUUUGGCAGCAUCUUAAAAAAGACUUUGAAUGCAGUUGUAACUACUGUUUGUCUACUAUAAAUGAUAAUAAAUGUUACGAACAGAGGAGGUUUUCUCUUGUACUAAUAAAAAAAGUUAUUGAUAUUGACAAUGGAAUGAAUACAGUUUGCCUCCUAUAAAUGAUAAUAAAUGUUAUGAACAGUGGAGGUUUUCUCUUGUACUGAUAAAAAUUAUUGACAUUGACAAUGGAAUGAAGUAGGAAAAGAUUGUAAAUUAUUUUCUGGCCAAUUGAAAUCACACUAAAGCUUUGUUUAAUAUCAAACUGUUGAUAUUGUCUAUGUAUAAAUAUUUGAAUGUUCGAGGAGGAACAGCACCCUUUAAACAUAGCUGUUAAAUCAGUGUUUAUAUAUUGCAUUUUUAUUCAUUUUUCAUUGUACUGUGUGUUUAAAUAUAUGGCUGUAAUCAUGUAAUUUGUCAUCUAUAUAAAUGCAUUGAUAACUGC